AUGGGUAAAAUGGAAACAUGGGAAGUGACCGGUCGUACCGAAGAUACCAUAACCGUCAUGUACAAAAGACGUGUCUACAAAGAGGAGACGUUUCCGACGAGUCCAGGCGAGAAGGAUGAGAUUCUGAAAAAGGAGGAGAUGGAUGACGAGACACGGGCGGUGCUGAAAAGAUUGAGUGGGUUGAAUGAGAGAAUUCGGAAGGAGUACCUGAUGGAGAAGAAGCCAUCAAAAAAUAACAAAAAAGAAGAUAAGAAGAAGAAUAAAAAUAAGGAGAAGCGAGCCUCCCCAAAACCCAAAGAUGCCUCCCCAAAACCUAAAGAGACUCCCGAAGAUAAAGAUGACCAUGUCACUGUCAAUGGGGUAUUGGUACGCAAGGCGCAAGGAUCUGAGCCGUGUGAUCAUCGUGGAGUUCCCCUUACCCAUCCAAUGGCUGUAACCCCAUUUCCGGGGGCAAGAUCUGCGGCUAAACGUGAAAGGGCUCGUCAAAUGUUGAAGGAGGUUGCGAAGAAGAUGCAUGAUGAUUCGUUGAAGAAAAAGAAGAAGAAUAAGGAGAAAGAGGAGAAAAAUGAGAAAAAGGAGAAGAAAAAGGUGUCAAGCUCGUCGAAAAGCUCGAAAGCCUCGAAAACCUCAACAACUACGUCCACCAAAGCUACGAAGGCUUCGACGAAGAGCAAAUCUUCGAAUAAAAAAAUGGGAUGCGACAAGUGUGGCAGCUGUCAGAAAUGCAUUCACCGCUGCUCCCAGAAGCACGCCGCCGAGCAGAAGGUCACCACUCAGGAGCGAGAGAAAUUCCUGCGUGGAAUCUCACGUCUUCGUCAGAAAAUUGUCAAGCCUGAGCGUAGCCGUGAAAAAGCGUCGCAAUCUCCGUAUGACGUCACUCAGAGCGAGUCGGAGAUCGAAUUGAGCUCGGAGAGCAGCAGUAAGAGAGAGUCGGCUAAGAAGAAGAAGAGUAAAGAUGAGAACUCGGUUAAUUUUUAUUAA